GGCUUUCAACUUCAUGCUUCUUCAUCAAGACUUUCUUCUCCAUUUCUUUUCUGUAUUUCUCAAGUUCUUCUUUCUCUUUCUUCAUUUUCAUAUAACGGUCAUCCACCUUCUUCAGAUCACUUUCAAUCUCCUUCUUUUUCUUAAAUUGCUUCUUCUUGAGUUCCUUCAGAUCUUGUUCUUUUUCCUUACGCUUGAUUUCUUCACGGCGCAUACGCUCUUUGAGGUCCUUCUCCUUGCGCUUCUUGACUUCUUCAACCAUUUUGUCUUGCUUUUCAAGAGUUUCUCUAGCCUUUUUCUUCUUUUCCUCCACUUCUUUCUGCAUCACUUUCUGAUGUUCUCGUAUUUCUCUCUGUCUCUCCUUUUCAGCAAGCUUCUUCUGCUUGAGUUCUUUCUCUUUUUCAGCAGCUAACUCUUUUUCGCGCCUCUUCUGCUCUUCAAGUUUGGAUUCAAUCUUUUUAGUCUUUUCUUUUUGCUUGAUCUCAUUUUGCUUCAAGGCACUCUCGAUCUCCAUUUCCUUCAUCUUGGCCUUUUGCUUCUUUUGUUCCUCCUCUUUUCUGAGCUUCUCCUCGAAUUUCUGUCUAUUCUCUUCACUCUUUUUGAUUCUCUCGUUGUACUCCUUCUUUUGCUCCUUAAUAAGCUCUUCUUUCUUCUGAGAGGUGAUUUUGAUCUUCUCCUCAAUCAUCCUUCUCUUUUGCUGGGCUUCCUUCUUAGCUUUGGCUUUCUUCUCCUCAAUGCUCUUCUUCACUAACUGAUCUUUUUCGUCAUACUUUUUCUUCAUUUCUUUAGCAAGUUUUCGUUGCUCUUUGGUGUACUUUUCUCUCUGUGCUUCAAAUUCUUUAGCUUUCCUGUUCUUUUCCCAUUCUUUAUUUCUUAGCCUCUUUUUCUCUCUUAAUGCGUAAUUCUUCAAUCUCUUCCUUGGACAUCUCCGCUGCAAUUUCCUUCUUCUUAGCCAGUUCCUUCAGCUUCUGUUGCUUCUUCAUCUCCUCCUCAAUAAGUUGCUCCUCUCUUCUCUUCUUAUUAACCUCCUCUUCAUACAACUUCUUCUUCCUCUUGGCUUCAAGUUCUUUCUGUUUCUUCGUAAGUAACUGCUUACGCUUGGAAGAGUCUUCACCUAAUUUAGCUUCCAUUUCUUUCUUCUUAGCCAAUCGCUCCAUUUCUAGCUUCUUCUUGCGUUCCAGGGCUUCAAGAGCCUUCAUUUCUUUCUGCCGUAGGAUCAACUUUUGGUCUUUUAGACUAGACAUUUUAUAUUUG